AGAAGGAACCAAAUUGAGCCUCGUCCCCACAGCCGAUGGCCAGGGCCGCGCCGCAGCGGGAAUCCUGGGCCCUGGGCCCGGCUCACGUGGCCCCGUCGCCCCCCGCACCGCGCAGUGACCCUGCAGCGCCCUGCGGGCUGCGCCACGGCCCACUGCACCUGUCGCUGCGCGGGAGCACCCGCAAUGUCUGUGCACAACGGGCAGAAGCGCCGCACGAAGCUGCUGCGAAGGUGGCGCCAGGCUCCCAGCUGCUGGUCUUGCUGCUGCUCGUGGGCGCUGCAGCCGUGCCAGGAACCAGCGCCGGCUCCCACUCCUACUGGCAUUUCUGCACUGGGGUGUCGAAUCCCAGCCCGGACGUGCCCGCUUUCAUUGCUGUGGGCUACGUGGACGACCAGCAAAUUCUCCACUACGACACUGAGACAGGGGGCCAGCAGCCCUACCUGGAGGAGACCUGCAUCGCGUGGCUGCGGCAGUACGUGCAGCACGGGGAGGCAGCGCUGCAGAGCAAGCGCCCCAUGGCACAGGUGAGCGACCGGCCGUCAUCCUGGGAUGGACGCACCGCCCUGUCCUGCCGGGUCCAUGGCUUCUACCCCAAGGACGUGGCUGUCAUCUGGCUGCAGAACGGGGAGGCGCAGCCCCAGGAGACGAGCCGCCCGGGGGGCCUUCCCAGCGGAGACGGGACCUACCGGACCUGGGCCACCAUCGAGAUCGACCCGAGCAGCAACCACAGCUACACCUGCAGCGCGGAGCACGUGAGCCUGGGUGCAGCCCUGAGAGUGGCCUGGGACAAGGGCAGGACGGAGUCCGACCCAGCGAUGAUUGUAGGCAUCGUUAUCGGUGCUGUGCUGGUCACUGCCAUGGCUGGCGCAGCGGUUUUCUUCCUCAGUAAGUGCUGGGCGAAGCGCUUGGGGCCAGCCAUGGCCAGACCUUGGGGUUGGGGAGCAGGGAGGGCUACAGCUACAGCAACAGCUACUCCGACUCCUGCGUCCAAGCUGAGCAGAGCCCGGUGGAGCGUGCACCUCGUCCUCGGGACCCUGCGCAGGAGGAGAGGGAGCAGCACAGCAACGUGCUGCAGCCCAUUUCCAACUCAGAAGCACCUUUGUUUUUGCCUUGAGUUUGCCAGACAAAGCGCCUUGCUCCGGGACAGCAACUAGCCCACGGGUGUUAUUGAAACCACUUGUGUCUGUGAGCUAGAAGCACUGAGCGCAGAGCAGUGCGUCAGUGCUGUAUUGCGGGAAGUGGCUGGGCAGUGGUUGUGACGGGUGGGAUUUGGGGGUGACUUGUACGUGAGCGGCUACUUGCCGAUCCUGGACCACAGUUUAGUAUUGUGUGUUGCCAACGGGAGGCAGAGCUGCGAUGCCCUCGGAGCUGAUUGUGACCGCUGCGGUGACCGGGCUGCGCUGAGUCGGGCAGCGUGUGGGUCGUGCCCUCCAGGCCCCCUUGCUCGCUCCGUCCCGGGGCUGAUUGUGCAGUACAGCUCCCAGCCCCGUCUGCGCGGACUGAGCUGCUGUUCAACUUCUCCCGUUGCUUUUUGGUGCCCUGGUUGGCCCAGGGCGCAGCGUGCCCGCUCCCCGUAGUCUGGGGCAUGGCUUGCAGCACAAAACCUCAGGGAAACGGGGGGCCUUCACCAUCCCCUCCCCGCAGGUCCCGGGACUCUGGCCGUGAUUCUGAUGAGCAGAGUCUUCUUCUCCAUCUUUUUUUUUCCCUGAGGAGAGCUUUAGCCCCAGGCAGGUUCGGGAGCUGUUCCUUGGGUCCUUCCAGCCCCACUUCUCAGCUCAGGGGCGGGCGGUUAUUUCUGUUGGAGAACUGUUCUACUAGAAAUUUUUAAUUUGAUGAACGUUUAAUUUUAUUAUUCGUUAUGUUGUGUACAAUACCAACAAGAAUCAAAUAAAAACUUUUGCUUAUGUAUGUGGGGGUGGGGUUUGUGUGGGGGGGCGGUAAUAGGG